AUGAAACAACAAAGAGAUUCAAUACCUGAACUAGUUUGGAAUGGAAACAUUAGUGUCGAAGUACACCAAAAGGAAAAUUCUCUAACUUACCUGGCGAAUCUUCCUAGGCAUUCUUAUUUUGCCCAAAUUCUUGAGGACUUGAAGCAGCUAUUUGCACCAAAGGCUGCUUUGGAAGAAUGCUGGCUAAGUUCAGGGAAAGCAUCUAUCAAAUGGCACUGGCCUGUAGGUGUACUUUACGAUCUACUUUCGCUUAAAGACCCAGAAUCUACUACCGCCCUUCCUGUUUUAUGGCACCUUGAUUUUCAUGUUGGGUCCUUUCCAAGCUCCUUGGUUGUCCCCAUGGGAAGCAUGGAAACAUUUCGUUCUUGUUUUUUUAAUGCACUGAAAGAGUCUGAUUAUGUUCGAAAUGGAAGCUCAUCCCUCGUAAUUGCUCUUUCUAAACCAGAGACAGAUUCAUACUGGAAUUCGUUACUGAACCACGACUUUUAUGACUAUCGACCAAUUGCUACGAAGUUAUUUGCAAGCAAAUCUAGAAUUAUUCCUUUAAAAUUUUAUCUCGGUGCAGAUGCUCCUAUUGUCCAAACGUCCGCUUCUCUUGGCUACACGUUAGGUCAUGUUUUGCACAAGCAAUUACCUGAAUUCUUCCCUUCCGAUGUGUCUUGUUCAUUAUUAAAGCCUGUUUUACAGGGCAUCGUCCUACCAUUAAGCAUUAGCACGGAUUUAAUGAACCGGGAUUUCUGUUACCCUGACGGUUUUCUUCAUAUAGUCUUAAUACCUAUUUCAAUUCAAGGAUGA